UCCAGCUCACAAUCACUUCCGCCUCCGGUAGCGCCUUCUCUUCGGGCCGCCGCCGCCGAGAUGGUGAACGUGCCGAAAACCCGCCGGACCUACUGCAAGAAAUGCGGGAAGCACCAGCCGCACAAGGUCACGCAGUACAAGAAGGGGAAGGACUCGCUGUACGCGCAGGGUAAAAGGCGCUACGAUCGGAAGCAGAGUGGCUAUGGGGGCCAGACAAAGCCCAUCUUCCGUAAAAAGGCCAAGACCACCAAGAAGAUCGUGCUGAGGCUGGAGUGUGUGGAGCCCAACUGCAGGUCGAAGAGGAUGCUGGCAAUCAAGAGGUGCAAGCACUUUGAGCUGGGAGGAGACAAGAAGAGAAAGGGCCAGGUGAUCCAGUUCUGAGCAUCAUCCCACUCAGCGUUACGGACCAUAUUAAAGUAAUUAGAUCGA